AUGCCCCGUAAUACCCGGAGUAGUAGCAGAAAGCAGAACGAGACCCAGUCCUCGCCGGCCGCGGAUCCGACGCCCACUUCAUCAUCAUCCUCCACCACCACAACUACAACUACAGCAACUACGACGUCCACUGGCCCUGAUUCGUCUCUGGCCCAGUCCGUACGGAAACGUCCGCUCCCAGUCCCUUCGACUAGCGAGCGCCCGGAUAAGAUGGCCAACGAUGAUACCCGCUCCGUAGGGAGCGCAUCGGACGGGGGCAAUGCGACAUCACCUGCUCCCGUCCCUUGGGCUACCCGAAAUCAAUGGAUAGUCCUUGCCAUCGCGAGCGGUGCUUGCGCAGCCUUUAACGGAGUAUUUGCCAAGUUGACAACCAACGACUUGACAUCAAACAUAUCGCAGGCUUUGGCGAAAGCCUUUGGUCUGACUGCUGCCGAAAACGUCAUUGAGCUCAUUGUUCGUUGUGGAUUCUUUGGUCUUAAUCUCGUGUUCAAUGGAGUAAUGUGGACAUUAUUCACCAAGGCCCUGGCGCGAGGCAGCUCCACGACGCAGGUCUCAAUCAUGAAUACUUCGACCAACUUUGUCAUUACUGCGCUCCUGGGCCUCGCCAUCUUCUCAGAGUCCCUGCCGCCGCUCUGGUGGCUCGGCGCCGCCAUGCUGGUUGCCGGAAACGUCAUUAUUGGCCGCAAGGAGGAGAAGGGGGACGAGCAGCAAAUGCCCGUGGGUAGUAGCGGUGGCGACUCUCAUUCGGGUGGAGAAGUUGUUAACCCUGCUGUCGGACUCGCAUCUUAUGGUGCUGUCCCGCCCGCGGAAGGCAUCUUGCCUGUGGAAAAGGAUGAUGAGGACGAGGAUAUUCCCCUCCUUGGAGAAGUCGAUGAGUCUAUUGGCAGGUGA